AGGUUGGGUGGCGGGGUGGGCGACGGUCCGCGGCUGCGGAACGUAACAGGACAGGGUCUCCUCCAUCCCCGAUUACCCGGAGCGGCGGCGCGGUGGCCCAGGUUGUUCUCUCGGAGAGCCCUUCACGCCCAAGGGGGAUUUCAGGCGGCUCUGGGGAUGUCCCCGGGGGCCCUCUUUGGAGGAGUGUGCGUCAAGCAGGGGGACGACAAAGGCUGUGUGUGUGCGUGUGUGUGUGUGUAGGCACAUCUCCGGAAUUCGCCGAUUAUCCCCUCGAUAGAAUUAGGCAGCCCCAAAGCCAGCCGCAACUUUCUUCUGGUUUGGAGCUCAGUGCAAAGACAGGGGAAGGGAGAGGGCACUGCCACUUUAAAAGUGGGGAAGUCGGCCGGGCGCGGUGGCUCACGCCUGUAAUCCCAGCACUUGGGGAGGCCGAGGCGCGCUGAUCAACUGAGGUCAGGAGUUCGAGACCAGCCCGACCAACUGAUGAAACCCCGUCUUCACUAAAAAUGCAAAAAUUAGCCGGCCGUGGUGACGCGCGACUGUAGUCACAGCUACUCGAGAGACUGAGGCGGGAGACCCGCUUGAACCCGGGAGGCGGAGGUUGCAGUGAGCCAAGGUCGCGCCACUGCACUCCAGCCUGGGAGACAAAGUGAGACUCCGGCUCAAAAAAAAAAAGUGGGGAAGUCCGCCCUCCUGAGCUCAUGGUAACCUCAGCCUCCUCCCCUCCUCCUACCAGAGAGAGGGAGAAAGAACUUGUUUUCAUUCAUAACUUUUUCCUUUUCCUUCUUCCGUCAACUAUUUAUUCAGUGCGGAUUGCAGAGGGCGCAGCUCCACCGUGGUAACUUGCAAUGUGGCCGCCCCUGCGCUGGCUGCUUUCUCCUCGGCCCUCGGUGAACCCAGCUUUUCCUUUAAAGCAUAGACAAAUCCUUGCUUAGGGUCAGCCAGACCGUGGGCUUGCUUUGGGCUCCCGCGUGGACGCUGAAGACUCUUCAUGAUUUGUCAGAAACCUUGGUGGGCCACGCAAAAAGUGUGUUGGAAAUCCACGGUGAUCCUUAGUAUGGUGAUGGGAUUGUCCGAAAAGGAUUUCAGAUGCAUGCCAGGUUUCCACUGAUUGCCAGAACUCGAGAUCACUACACAUGGAUCCCCAAAAUCAACAUGGCAGUGGCAGUUCGUUAGUUGUGAUCCAGCAGCCUUCUUUGGAUAGCCGUCAGAGAUUAGACUAUGAGAGAGAGAUUCAGCCUACUGCUAUUUUGUCCUUAGACCAGAUCAAGGCCAUAAGAGGCAGCAAUGAAUACACAGAAGGGCCUUCGGUGGUGAAAAGACCUGCUCCUCGGACAGCACCAAGACAAGAAAAGCAUGAAAGGACUCAUGAAAUCAUACCAAUUAAUGUGAAUAAUAACUACGAGCACAGACACACAAGCCACCUGGGACAUGCAGUACUCCCAAGUAAUGCCAGGGGCCCCAUUUUGAGCAGAUCAACCAGCACUGGAAGUGCAGCCAGCUCUGGGAGCAACAGCAGUGCCUCUUCUGAACAGGGACUGUUAGGAAGGUCACCACCAACCAGACCAGUCCCUGGUCGUAGGUCUGAAAGGGCAAUCCGGACCCAGCCCAAGCAACUGAUUGUGGAUGACUUGAAGGGUUCCUUGAAAGAGGACCUGACACAGCACAAGUUCAUUUGUGAACAGUGUGGGAAGUGCAAGUGUGGAGAAUGCACUGCUCCCAGGACUCUACCAUCUUGUUUGGCCUGUAACCGGCAGUGCCUUUGCUCUGCUGAGAGCAUGGUGGAAUAUGGAACCUGCAUGUGCUUAGUCAAGGGCAUCUUCUACCACUGCUCCAAUGACGACGAAGGGGAUUCCUAUUCAGAUAAUCCUUGCUCCUGUUCACAAUCACACUGCUGCUCUAGAUACCUGUGUAUGGGAGCCAUGUCUUUAUUUUUACCUUGCUUACUCUGUUAUCCUCCUGCUAAAGGAUGCCUGAAGCUGUGCAGGAGGUGUUAUGACUGGAUCCAUCGCCCAGGGUGCAGAUGUAAGAACUCCAACACUGUCUAUUGUAAGCUGGAGAGCUGCCCCUCCCGGGGUCAGGGUAAACCAUCAUGAUUUUUGGAGGUGGGUUGUACCUCCUGAACUUCUAGCUUUCAAGUUGUGGCUGUUUUUUGUUUUUGUUUUCUUUUCUUUAGAAUUUUUCCCUGUUUCCCACCUUCUCUUCCCCUGUUGCCAAGGUCUAACUCAUGGAUUUUUCUCUUUCCUCAUGGAUGAUCUUCAGCAAGAGUGGACUGGGAAGCUGCACCUGGCUCCCACUUUCAACAAGAGCCUCUGCCAUCCACUUGAGAGGGUAUUGAGAGCCAGUGGGCUUUUGUGUAGCCUUUUUAUUCUGCAAGCAACUUUCUAAAGUUGUGUACAUGAACAUACACCCACACCCAGACUACAGUGAUUUAGAGUUGUUUUGAUUGGGUACCGUGGGAGCGGGGAAAUUGGUUUUUUAAAAAGCAACUGUUUAAUUGCUUAAAUAAGCUAUGUAUUAAAUCUGUCUCCAGUUAGGGCUAUCUUCCUAGCAUAGGCCCCUUAAGUAGCAUGGGGGAUAUAUUUUUUGCUAUAACGUAAAAAUUUUCCUUUAACCACUGCCCUCUCCUUUCUCCUUCAAGGUUCUUUCCCCCUCAGUUUUGUUGUUGUCUUACUCUGGAGAUGCCAAGUGUAUUUUUUCUUUCUGUGUAAUUUUAGAUUCCCCUUACAAUGUAAAUCUUCACAUUGGAGAUAAUAUUGGUUGGACCUUGCCCAGCUUCACUCUAGCCUUCGUAUUUGUGAAGGACUCAGCCACCUUCCUUCUUCACCCCAUGCUUCUCACCAAAUUUUUGUUGUCAUUGAGGGCACUUGGAUAACUCAAGUUGAUAUUUAUAGCUGAUCAAUCUAUAUGUGUCACAGAACUAUGCUGCCUAAAGUGAUCUUGGCUCCUUAAUGGUCCUUUUGGCCCCUUGGAUAGUUAACAGCUGAGUAAUUCUAAUCUCUUCUGUGUUUUCCUUGCCUUAACCACAAAUUGUGGUGCUUUUUGUAUAUUUUAUGUAUAAAUCACAAAGUUGAAUUCUGACUAUUUUUAAGACAAAAGUCUGUUAAACUUUUUUAUUGUAAAGAAUAUUUAUUAUGCGAAUCUCUAUUAUUUUAUGGUAUUUAUUGCAAAAGACUGUUGAAAUGUACUCAUGUUUGAAUAUAACAAAAUAUCAAUACUUAACGGAAAAUAAGGUGACACGAAGAAAGUACAUAUGUUAACUAUAAUGCAGAAAAUAUAUUAAUUAAUGAAACUGUC